CUUUUCUUCCUUGAGAAAAUUGCCUUGGCGGGAGAGUGGAGUUGAGUUAAUUGUAGCCUAAUCCCUGGCCCAGAGGCGCUUGGGCAGCCCGGAGCCAGAUUCUUCUUCUUCUUCUUCUUCUUCUCGUCGUCUUUUUUAGCUCUCUUAUUUGGAGAUGGUUGGGUUUCUUCUACUAACAAACCACAGCAGCACUUUCAUUUAGGAACCCCACGCCAAAAAAAAAAAAAAAAAAAAAAAAAAAAAGGAGGAAUAAGAUCGAAGGAGCGCGCUAAUUUUUGUUUUACGCGCGUCCAAACCCGGGGCAGAGGCGAGAAAGGUGGGGGUAAGGAAAGGAAGCGAAAGGAAAGGAGGAGAUCUUCUCAUCGAUGUUCAAGGAGGCAGACCACCGGAUUUCCCAUCUUGGACUCCCUUACCAUGUUUGAAACGGAGGGGCGAAGCAUGUCACGGCUCUCUCUGACCCGGUCCCCGGUCUCCCCCCUGGCCGCCCAGGGCAUCCCUCUGCCGGCCCAGCUCACCAAAGCCAACGCGCCCGUGCACAUCGACGUGGGCGGCCACAUGUACACCAGCAGCCUGGCCACCCUCACCAAGUACCCCGACUCAAGGAUAAGUCGCCUGUUCAACGGUACCGAGCCCAUCGUGUUGGACAGCUUGAAGCAGCACUACUUCAUAGAUCGUGACGGAGAGAUAUUCCGCUACAUCCUCAGUUUCCUCAGGACCUGCAAAUUGCUGCUUCCGGAAGACUUCAAGGACUUCCAGCUGCUGUACGAGGAGGCGCGCUACUACCAGCUGACGCCCAUGAUCAAGGAGCUGGAGCGCUGGAAGCAGGAGCGCGAGCAGCGGCGCAUGGCGCAGCCCUGCGACUGCCUGGUGGUGCGCGUCACCCCCGACCUGGGCGAGCGGAUCGCCCUCAGCGGCGAGAAGGUCCUCAUCGAGGAGAUCUUCCCCGAGACGGGAGACGUCAUGUGCAACUCCGUCAACGCCGGCUGGAACCAGGACCCGACGCACGUCAUCCGCUUCCCCCUCAAUGGCUACUGCAGGCUUAACUCCGUCCAGGUCCUGGAGCGUCUCUUCCAGAAAGGCUUCAGCGUGGCGGCGUCGUGCGGCGGAGGCGUGGACUCGUCCCAGUUCAGCGAGUACGUGCUGUGUCGCGAGGACCGGCGGAGUCUGUCCAUCAACACGCCCAUCAGGAUAAAACAAGAACCCUUAGACUAGAUCCCCCCCCAACCUCCUGACGUCCACUUCCUGUCCUGAGUGGACCGGACCUGGACUCGGGAGACUUCCAGUAAGUUCCGGCAGGGGCUCGCUCGCCUCUGAGGAGAAUGUAGACAACAUCCGGGAUCCACACUAGGAUCCAGUAGAUCCCUUGGAGGAUUACUUCUGGGACCCGAGGAAAGACGAGGACACGCCCACUCCUCCAUGAUGUCAUCGCUCUUCUUCUCUUCCAAUCACGCCACGCUGUAAAAAAAAUGAGCAUUUAUGGAAUUAUUUUCACCCGCUUUGCUCUUUCUGACCUUUUCUUGUCUUGUGGACGAGGAGCCAAGAAGAUCUCGCUGUUUGAACACUUUUUCAUUCUUCUUUUCACAUCUCUCAACAUAUCUUUCCACCUUUUGUCCCAGGGUGGAAAAGUACUCCAGCAAAAAGAGUGACUCGAUCUUUUUCUUUGGUUUUUUGGGGGGUUUUUUUUGCACUUAAAGGUUUCUUUCCACCAUGACAACGAACUCUGUCCACAAACACUUUGGUGUUUUCAAAUAUUGAUUUUGUCUCUUUCACCCCCUGGGAAUAUGAUGAUUAUUAUUUUUUUUAAUCAUGAAAAUGAUUUAAAAAUGACAUGAAAUGUUAUUUAGCCACAACAAAUGUCACCUAAUAUAAAAUUAAAAAA